AUGUCAGUAGUAAGUUCAGUUCCAUGCUCCGGUCUGACUGCACAAGAAGGAGUACCUGAAUGGGAUCAAAACAAUACAACGACCUUGAUACAAAUGUACAAAGAAAGAAAAUGCCUCUGGGACACGAGCCACGAGUUUUAUAAAAAUCGACGCUUUCGUCGCGAGGCUCUUACGGAAAUGGCGAAUCAUUUUAAUUGUUCAUUGGCGGACGUCGAGAAGAAAUUGUAUAUGCUUCGUAGUUCCUUUCGCAAAGAAUAUCGUAGAUGGAAUUAUGCCAAGUUAAAUGCAGGUCCGAACAACACGUUUCUAGUCAGAAAACCUCAAUGGUUCGCAUUGGAUUUACUUAUGUUUCUUAAGGAUGACGUUGCUAAAAAGUCAGUGAUUCCUCUCAAUCCAGUUACCACCGACUGUGCUCAACAGCAACAAGUUCAACAAAAUCAACAACAACAACAACUGCAUCAACAUCAACAAUCGCAACAGGAAGCGCAUCAACAAACUCAACGUGAUUUGGACUUAAGUAUACCGGAAAUUCAAAAUGUUUUUUAUUACGACAGCGAGAACAGCACUUUAACUCCGUUGGAACCAGGCGAAGUUACCUUGGAUUACAAUCUUCAAUGUCCGAUACAAGUACCCGAAAUGAAACAAUCGCCAGGUAAAACCUUGAAAAGAAGUUCCAACGUGGAAUCAAAUCUUCUCGAAUCGAAUGGCAAACGACAAAAAAAUAAAGAUCCGGAGGAUACUCGAUUACGUUUAAUAAAAGCAUCGCCGAUCGACGUUCAAGAGAAAGACACUUUUACGGCGUUCGGCAAUUUCGUUGCAGAAGAAUUGCGAAACAUGAAAGACACCGGUCAGAUGCAAUUAGCCAAAUUACGGAUUCAUCAAAUACUAUUUGAUGCUACGCGCAAUUUUUUGAAAGUUCCGAUACCAAGGUUGUGAAGUUUUAUAUAAAAAAUGUUAAGUUACUUUUUACA